UGCGCACGCCCGUCCAGCAUCACUUUUGUCCAGCCUCUGAUCUCGACUGAAAUAAAUACUAGCUCCUUUGAACAGGUCUGUCCGAUCCAUUGAAAUUGCGGCGUGAGUGGGGAGAGACCUCUUCAUCUACUCUUAAUAUACAGCGCUUCUAAACCAAACAACAUGACCCACCAGUUUCCAUCCCUCUCUCCAGAGCAGAAGCAGAUGCUUGCCACAAUUGCCCAAUGCAUUGUAGCUCCUGGAAAAGGCAUCCUAGCUGCAGAUGAGUCCACAGGGACAAUGGGGAAGCGUCUUCAGAAGAUCAAUGUGGAGAACCAUGAAGAGAACCGCCGUAGCUUCCGUGACCUCCUCUUCUCUGUCGACACUUCUAUCUCUGAAAGUGUGGGGGGUGUCAUAUUUUUCCAUGAAACACUGUACCAGAAAUCAGACAAAGGGGUUCUGUUUCCACAAGUUGUUAAGGAUAAGGGCAUUGUAGUUGGUAUCAAGGUGGACAAAGGCACAGCAGGACUGAAUGGUACAGAUGGAGAGACAACCACACAGGGAUUAGAUGGUCUGUCUGAACGCUGUGCCCAGUAUAAAAAGGAUGGAUGUGAUUUUGCCAAGUGGCGCUGUGUACUUAAGAUCUCCGACAACUGCCCUUCUGCUCUAGCAAUUGCUGAAAAUGCUAACGUUCUUGCCAGAUAUGCCAGCAUUUGCCAACAGAAUGGCCUGGUGCCUAUCGUGGAGCCUGAGAUCCUCCCAGACGGGGAUCAUGAUCUGAAACGAUGCCAGUACGUUACUGAGAAGGUCCUGGCGGCUGUAUACAAGGCUCUCACUGACCACCAUGUGUAUCUGGAGGGCACUCUGCUCAAACCAAACAUGGUCACUGCUGGACACUCCUGCACCAAGAAGUACACGCCACAGGAGGUUGCCAUGGCAACAGUUACUGCUCUCAGACGCACUGUGCCAGCUGCUGUACCAGGCAUCUGCUUCCUCUCUGGUGGCCAGAGUGAGGAAGAAGCCUCUCUGAAUCUGAACGCCAUUAACCAGACUCCCCUGCACAAACCCUGGAAGCUGACCUUCUCUUAUGGUCGUGCUCUCCAGGCCUCAGCUCUUGCUGCAUGGAAGGGACAGGCAGCAAAUAAGAAGGCUGCACAGGACGCAUUUGUCUCACGCGCCAAGAUCAAUGGUCUAGCAUCGAAAGGUGAAUACAAACCCUCAGGCCAGACUGAUAAAACAUCCACACAGUCCCUUUUUACCGCAAGCUAUGUCUACUAAACUACCCAUCAUAUCACUGAAUUGGUUUUGACAAUGCAGAUUGACAAUUUAUAGACAAAGAUACUAAAUCUAUUCAUGAUGACCUUACAUUACGUUGAAGUGUACACUUGUUUAUUAUACAAAUGUAUUUUUAGACAUGACCAAAAUUGUCAAUCAUCGUGACUCGACUGGAUUUAAAUAACACCGGAGUGGUAUCUUUCUUUAUUCAUGGGGUGAGGGCUUUCAUAUUGGAAUAAAUGAUAAAAAGUUA